AAGUUUUUUUGUUAGUAUUUUAAUUUUUUUCCACUUUCGUUGUUGAGCCCCCGCCGGAUGCCUUUCCUGAAGCGAAAUCCCUUCCCCAUCCAUGCGCCUACUAUCGCUGCAUCGUUACAGUGUGAUUUUUGGUAGCUGUCUCCCCAGGGACCAUGUGGCUUAUUCUUACGUCGCAGUACCCAGCACUGGUGAAGGAAUGAGGCCGGUAGAGAGCAGUGGGGGACAGAGAGGUCCUGCCUGUUGGUCUAAGAGAUGAUGCUGCUGGUCUGUGCAUCGAACUGCUCCCCUCAGGAGCCCCACCCACUUCUCUCACAAACAGGACACCGAGGCCCGUGAGGUCACCUGCCCGUGGUCCCCACGUCCUGUCUCAGCCCAGUGCGCAUAGAGUAUCGGGUGGGGCCAGGGGGGGCGUGCUGGGGGAGGUGGCAUGGAGCCAGGCUUCACGGGUUGGGCGACAGUUGGGGUAAGCUGGGGAAACAUCAAGGGGAAGAGAAGCCAGCAAAUGAGAAGAUGCAGCUGUGGGCACCCCGACUCACCCCAUAAGGCUGGGGCCCCCUGAGGGGUUCUGGAAGGUGCAAGGCCGAGGUCACCCUCACGGGUUUCAAGUUGGGAAACAGAGGCCCAGAGAGGUGGAGACUCACCUGCCAUGGCCCAUGGAGUCAGGAGAGCGGGGGGCCUUGCUCUGGGGGCCUCGCGGGCCCUGUGAAUCAGUCCCUGCGGGAGACGCUGGGAGGGUGCAGCUUGGCGAAGUGGGGGCAGAGGAAGGACUCUGGGGGUGCACAGGCCAGCCUGCACCCGGAAGGAGGAAGCUGUACAGGGUGUCUGUGGCUAGGCCCGGGAUCCCCCACCCGGGGACUUCCUCUUCCUCUCAAGGCAGGUGUAGCUGCCACAGCGCGACCAACACCCUGACCUGUCAUGGACGGGGGCAAGGGACCCAGACUCAGAGACUUCCUGAGUGGGAGCCUGGCCACCUGGGCGCUGGGACUGGCUGGGCUGGUGGGAGAGGCGGAGGAGCCUGAGGAGGAAGAGGAGGAGGAAGGACAGAGGCCCCUUUGUCCCGAGAAGAGGUUCUUGUGUCUCAGUGAUGGGGCCCUGCUCCUCCGGGUGCUGGGCAUCAUUGCCCCUAGCUCCCGAGGGGGCCCUCGGGUGAUCAGGGACCAUGGUGAUCCGGCAGCCAGUAGGGUGCGGAACCUGAACCACCUGUGGGGCCGACUGAGGGACUUCUACCAGGAGGAGCUGCAGCUGCUGAUCCUGUCGGCACCCCCAGACCUUCAGGCACUGGGGUUUGACCCCUUCUCAGAGGAGGCGGUGGAGGAGCUGGAAGGCAUCCUUCGGCUGUUGCUGGGGGCGUCGGUGCAGUGCGAGCACCGGGAACUCUUCAUCCGCCACAUCCAGGGCCUCAGCCUGGAGGUGCAGAGCGAGCUGGCGGCGGCCAUCCAGGAGGUGACCCAGCCUGGGGCGGGCAUGGUGCUGGCACUGGCUGGGCCCGAGCCUGGGGAGCUGGCACCCGCAGAACUGGAGACGCUGUCCCGGAGCCUGAUGGGGACACUCCUGAGACUGGCCCGGGAGCGUGAUGUGGGGGCCCAGCGGCUGGCUGAGCUGCUGCUGGAGCGAGAGCCAGCCCCCUUGUUGCCUGAGGCUCCUGCUGGGACCCCUCUGGAGGGCUCCUCCAACCACUUGGCCCUGCAGCUGGCCAACACCAAGGCCCAGCUGCGCCGCCUGCGCCAGGAGCUGGAGGAGAAGGCCGAGCUGCUGCUGGACUCCCAGGAGGAGGUGCAGGGCUUAGAGGCCGAAAUUCGAAGGCUCCGCCAGGAGACCCAGGCGCUGUCGGGACAGGCCAAGCGGGCCGAGCUGUACCGGGAGAGGGCUCUGGGGCCCUGGGUGCCCCGGCACAGGAACCACUGGCCCUGUGUCCCCCCUUCACCCCAGGAGGAGCGGGCGCUCUCUGGGACCCUGGAGGCCUCGAAGGCCCUGCUGGAGGAGCAGCUGGAGGCCGCGCAAGAGCGCUGUGCUCGGCUGCAUGAGACCCAGCGCGAGAACCUGCUUCUGCGGACCCGGCUGGGCGAGGCUCACGCGGAGCUGGACUCUCUGCGGCAUCAGGUGGACCAGCUGGUGGAGGAGAACGUGGAGCUGGAGCUGGAGCUUCAGCGGAGUCUGGAGCCGCCGCCGGGCUCACCUGGGGAGCCACCCCUGCCAGGAGCGGCCCCCUCGAUACAUGAUGAAGUGAGGGAGGCAGAGGCUGGGCAGCUGCGCACCCUGGAGCGGGAGAAUCGGGAGCUUCGAGCCCUGCUGCAGGUGCUGCAAGGGCAGCCAGGUGGCCAGCGCCCCCUGCUGGAGGAGCGGAGUGAGGACGCCAUGGUUCCAGCGCUGCCCGUGGCUCCCCAGACCUGCCCGGCCUCAGGCCAUGGUCCCCAGGGCUUGGUUGGCCAUGAGGGGGAUGAAGACCCUCAGGCCUUGGACUUGGCUCCCCCAGCAUCAGACUCAGCCCCCAAGGGGUCGGCUGAGUGUCCCCAGACGUCUGAUUCAGACCCUCAAGUGACGCAGAGGCCCCUUCAGAUGGCUGCCAUGGCCCCCCAGACCUUAGAGUCAGGCCCCUCUGUAGGGACACAGGAGUCCCUGAAGGAGGCUGGCCACGGAGCCCCUCUCCAGACCCCUGCCUCUGUGGCCCCACCUCAGGGUCCAGAGAUCCAAGUUGAGGCCCAGCUGUUGUUGGGAGAAGAGACUGGGGAGUCCAUGCCCAGAGUCCCUGAGAGCCAGCCGGAACCCACAGAGCCCCGCCUCCACGUGCAGCUGGAGGAGCAGCAGUGCCCUGGCCAGAGGCUGGACCUACCCAAGGAGCACACAGAGGCCAGAGAGCAGGCACCGCGGCUGGAGGGGGUGAUCAGGGAUCCAGCCCAGAAGCCGGAAAUGGCUCCCGAGGCCCAGGCCUUGGAGGGACCAGUCCCAGGGGAGAUCUUGACCAGUGGUGACCCAGAGCAGGAGGCCCUCAGAGAGGAGGUGGCUCGGCUGAGGAGAGAGGCUGAGGCCCUCCGAGCUGAGCUGGAGGUCCAGGCUCGGAGGCUGGAGGCCCGAGGCACGGAGGCUGCUCGCCUCUCCGAGGAGCUGGCUCAGGCUCGGAGGGCAGAGGCCGAGGCCCACGGGGAAGCAGAGGCCCAGGUCCAGGAGCAGGCCCGGCUGCGGGAGGCAAUGGAGGCAGCCCAACAGGAGGUGGAGGCUGCAUCGCGGGAGCGGGAGGCGCUGGCCGAGGCACUGGCGGCAUCAGGCCGAGAGCGGAGGCAGUGGGAGCGCGAGGGACCCAGGCUGCGGGCCCGGGCCGAGGCCGCAGAGGAGCGGCUGCAAGCCCUGGAGAACCAGAGCCAGCAGCACCUGGAGGAGGCCGAGAGGGAGCGCCGGGAGAGGCAGGCCCUCAAGGAGGAGCUGGAGAAGGCUGUGGCGCGGAGCCAGGAGCUGGGGGCCCGGCUGGAGCGUCUGCAGCGGGAGCUGGAGCAGGCGACUCUGGAGCGCCAGGAAUUUCUUCGGGAAAAAGAGUUUCAACAACAGAGGUACGAGGGCCUGGAGCAGCGGAUGAAAACUGAGCUGCAGGCUGCGGCCACCAGCAAGGAGGAGGCGCUGAUGAAGCUCAAGGCGAGGGCCCUGCAGCUGGAAGAGGAGCUGUUCCAGCUGCGCCAGGGCCCUGUGGCGCUGGAGCCCAAGGAGCGUGCUGAGCCGAAGACCCCGGAGGCCCAGAGCGGGCGGCUCAUCGAGGUGGAGCGCAGUAAUGCAACGCUGGUGGCUGAGAAGACGGCUCUGCAGGGGCAGCUGCAGCUCCUAGAGGGGCAGCUGGGAAGCCUGCAGGGGCGCGCCCAGGAGCUGCUGCUGCAGAGCCAGCAGGCGCAGGAGUGCAGUAGUCGCCUGCAGGCUGAGAAGUCUGUCCUGGAGCUGCAGGGCCAGGAGCUGCACAAGAAGCUGGGGGCGCUGGAGGAGGAGGUGCAGGCCGCGCGGCGGUCCCAGGAGGAAGCCCGGGAGCAGGCCGAGCUGGAGGGGCUGCUGGCCCGGCACCGAGACCUCAAGGCCAACAUGCGGGCACUGGAGCUAGCCCACCGGGAGCUGCAGGGCCGGCACGAGCAGCUGCAGGCCCAGAAGGCCAACGUGGAAGCGCAGGAGCUGGCCCUCCUGGCAGAGCGCGAGCGCCUGAUGCAGGACGGCCAUCGGCAGCGGGGCCUGGAGGAGGAGCUGCGGAGGCUGCAAAGUGAGCACGACAGGGCACAGAAGCUGCUGGCAGAGAUGUCCCGGGAGCGAGGGGAGCUGCAGGGUGAACGCGGGGAGCUGCGGGGCCGGCUGGCGCGGCUGGAGCUGGAGCGGGCGCAGCUGGAGAUGCAGAGCCAGCGGCUGCGCGAGUCCAACCAGCAGCUGGACCUGAGCGCCUGCCGGCUGACCACACAGUGUGAGCUGUUGACAGAGCUGCGGAGCGCCCAGGAAGAGGAGAACCGGCAGCUGCUGGCCGAGGUGCAGGCCCUGAGCCGGGAGAACCGGGAGCUCCUGGAGCGCAGCCUGGAGAGCCGGGACCACCUGCACCGAGAGCAGCGCGAGUACCUGGACCAGCUCAACGCUUUGCGCCGAGAGAAGCAGAAGCUGGUGGAGAAGAUCAUGGACCAGUACCGUGUGUUGGAGCCGGGGCCCCUGCCCCGGACCAAGAAGGGCAGCUGGCUGGCAGACAAGGUGAAGAGGCUGAUGCGGCCCCGGCGGGAGGGGGCCCUCCAUGGGGGGCCACGCCUGUGGGCCAAUGGGGCUGGCAGCACCGAGAGCCUGGGGGGCCCCCCAGAGAUGGAGCUCUCUGAGAGCAGGGAGGCAGAUGGGACAGGGUCCCCUUCCCCGGCACCCAUGCGCCGGGCCCAGAGCUCCCUCUGCCUGCGCGAUGAAACUCUGGCGGGCGGGCAGCGGCGGAAGCUCAGCUCCAGAUUCCCAGUGGGGCGAAGCUCGGAGUCAUUCAGCCCCGGGGACACCCCCAGGCAGCGAUUCCGACAACGCCGUCCGGGCCCCACGGAGGCACCCAGCUCCCAGGACAAAGGACCUGGCGUGGGAUGGGAUGGCUCCAUUGAGACCCUGGCGGAACACGAAGCAGGUGCCGGCCGAGAGGGCCUCGAGGUGCAGGAACCGGAGAAACACCCUCUCACCCCUUCCCUCAGCCAGUGACACCGCAUGGACUGGAAGCUUGGGAAUGUGGGCCUUUCGCCGCUGGAGUCCCAGUGGGGGUCCCAGACAGCCCACGAAUGUGGGGAGCCGGGGCGUCUGGGGCCAGUCCUUGGACAAGGAGGCCUGGGCCCCUGGGGCCUCCAUGGCCGGCACUGGGGCCCUGAGAUGGAGCUGGGAUAGGCCUGUUUGCAGGAGGAAUAGCGGGCCCCCACUAGCAGCUCCUUGCCAGGGCUCUGGCUCUGCCAGGCGGCCCUCGCUGAGGAGGAGGUUUCUGGGGAACCCCCCAGAUGAAGGAGGCAGGCAGGAGUGGACAAGAGAGCCCCCUACCUGGUCUAGGGGUGACGCCAAGAACUGCUCCCUGGCGCCCAUGGCCUGGACCUAUCUCUGAGCGCAGCUGGGACAUGAAAUAAAGCUAGAAUGCAAUCACCCGA